CAGUCGAGUGUCAGUAUCAUAACAUCAAAAUUUCAAGUCUAAAAAAAUUCAUCAUUUCAGCAUGGCACUUCUACAGCUUCUGCAAAGUUCAGUUAAAAUGUUAGGUAAAUUCAAGUACAAACCGAGUAUAAGGAAAGAAUUGAAAUACUUCUCGAGCAAGUUCGAUAGAGACUCCAACAACCCCUGUAAGUGCCCCUGCUGUCCACAACCUUGCGAUCCCUGCGAAAGUUCAGACCCUUGCGAUCCCUAUAAGAAACCACGUAGGAAGGAUACGUGUAAGAGUGGGAGGAUGAGAAGGAUUAAAUUUUGUGGACGGGGAAAGCCGGACAAACCCGAUCCCAUUCCUCCACCUCCCCGUCAUCCAAAACCAUGCAAGCCAAGACGAGACGACUGUGACGAAUGUUGAUGGAUUUUCAACGGAGACGUCACGUGGGUUUAUCAAAGAUACACAGAAUGAUUAUGAAGCAAACAUGUGAUUUUUUAUAUUUACCCAAAAAUCGGAAGUUCAUGAGGUUGGCCAGCCUUAGAUAUAAAUCAGACGACGGCUGUAGAAAGGAUUGCGAUGGUCAUGUGAAGAAGAAGCCAUGUGGCAAAGUGUGCGAAGAGUUGCCUAAGAAGGGCAUUCCGUGCUCGCCAGUCCGACAGAAUGAGCAAUGUGAAGUGUGCGAAACGGAUCCCACCGUGAGAAAGCCUUGCCCCAUAGCUUGCAACACCAAACCAUGCGAACCACAACCAUGUAAAAAAAGGAAGAAUCCUUGCUUAGAUUGCGACUGCGAAGUUAGAUAGUCAAAAAUAUACCUGUAGAAACGCUAUACGAAAUGGUGAAUAAAGCAAAAAAGUAAA